AUGCCUUCCAAGGCCGAAGAGAAUCUGCCCGCGACGAACGAGGGAUACGGGACAAGGGAGUAUUGGGAGCAACGAUAUACCAACGAAGCGCCCGACACCACUUUUGACUGGUUCUUGACACCAUCCUACUUGAUCCCUAUCAUACGAGAGCAGACACAAGACAUAGGCACGAGUGCGAGGGUGUUGAUGUUGGGUUGCGGCAACUCGGCACUCUCAGAAGCUAUGUACGAAGCGGGCUGGAAGAACAUUGUCAACAUCGAUUAUUCUGAAAAAGUCAUACAACAGAUGUCAGAGCGACACGCAGACAAGCCUGAGAUGAGAUGGCAGGUAAUGGAUGUUUUGGAUCUACAGUUUGAGAAGGAGUCCUUUGACUUGAUAAUAGAUAAAGGAACUAUGGAUGCCAUGUUAACCACUAAGGGUGAUCCAUGGAACCCGCCCGAGAAGGAUGUCAUUGCGUGCACCAAAGAAGUCAGCGAAGCACUGAGGGUCCUGAAGAAGAGCACUACAUCUAAAUUCAUGUACUUCACUUUUGGUCAACCUCACUUUCGGAGAAGAUAUUUGGAGGGCCGAGAAGGGUCCAACCUGACAGUGCAGGAGAUCGGACCACCAGAAGGAUUUGCCUAUCACAUGUUUAUCCUAAGUUGUGGUGACUAA